UUCUGUUCGUCAGCAAGUGACGAACAAAGUUGCCCACAAGUCUGUAAGUCGUUUGAAAAAGUUCGACGAUCUAUGAUGCGAUGCAUUUGAGAUUCUAUCGAAGCUGGACCUGAUCAUUCCGAGGUCAAUUUUUCUGAAGAUUAGAUUAAGUUACUUCCGUGACUGGUCCUAUAAAAAGAAGAAGCUGGUCCGAGAAGAGAGAAAGAGGGUUCAAUCCGAUUCAGCUUUUUGAAUCUUCGCGCACUUCUACGAGCAAUGCGAUUUAGCGUUCCAUGGGCACCAAUCCACGUACAUUCUCCCUGAAAAAAAAAACCAAAAUCAAAGUUUAAUGUCAUGAAGAAGGAACAGAUGAAGAUGGAAAUAAAACUAGAUAACCAGUUAAUGAUAACUUCAAGUCGAUGAAGAAAGUUUUCGUUUAGAGUUGAAUGUAAAGACGUCAUUUGCGCAAAGAAAGUUGAAUCUAGUGUUACUGUUUUGUCAAUAUAUUUAAAUACAUAAUGUCGACGAAAUCCUCCGUCGAUUUGCGAGCAGAACUCGCUGAAUUAGUGAAAAGGAAAGCAGAAAUAGCUGAUACUCUUGCCAAUUUAGAACGCCAAAUCUAUGCAUUUGAAGGUAGUUAUUUGGAAGACACACAAUUGUAUGGUAAUAUAAUACGUGGCUGGGACAGAUAUUUAGCCAGUAAUAAAAAUACUAACAGUAAAGCAGAUAAACGAAAUAGGAAAUUCAAAGAAGCUGAAAGACUAUUCUCAAAAUCUUCUAUUACCUCUAUGGCUGCAGUCAGUGGACUUGUUGAAAACACCCAGGAAAAAAUUGACCGGUACAGUGAAUCGGAGUCGCAGAUCGGCAACAGCGGUAGCGAGGACAAUUGCAGCCUCGUAAAUUCUCAUGGAACAGCUGCCAAUAGCGGCAGUAACAACGGUAAUAAGGAGUCGUCUGGGAAAAACCACUCUGUAACUGGCCAGUAUAGCCAGAAUGGAUCUAUCGCCUCUUCAACCGAGAUUGCUAGACAAUUUGCGAACGGGCACGCAAGCAAUGGCAGCUUGGAGCACGUCUCCUUGAAGGAGAACACUGGAAAAGAGCCUUCGAAAAAUAAGUCUGGGAACAGCGCGAAAAAGAAUAGCAACAAGAGGUCCAGAAAUAGGUAGAAUAACCUCG